GGUGAGAGAAUCACCUGUAGCUAAAACACCUUGCGCUCCUUGUACUACACACCACACGCGCAGAUGUGAUAGUUCUGAUCGUGCGCGAGAGACAAAUAUUGAUACUACAGCCGUGUGGUGGAGACUAGGCGGAAGCUACAAAUGGCAGUGUCAUUUUCCAAUCAAGCACAAAGUGUCUGAUUAUAUCCAUGCAUUGUAAAGUGGAGUUAAAUUAGGCCGCCAAAUGCAAGCAAAACGUCGGGUCAGCAUAAAUCCAACCAUCUUCCCUGUCAUCUCCCUUCCCUUCCCUUGCCCCCGAAGCUGCCUGCAGCCAGCGCCGCCAACCCCUCCUCCUUGCUCCAGCCGCCGCCGCUCCUCCCCUAUAAACUCUCCGCUUCGCCGCAUCCCUCCUCAGAUCACAAUCCGCUGCCGCCACUACUCAUCCUCCUCACGCACGCGCUUAAUCUUUCUUGCUUCCAUCAAGAGACCCACAGCACAGAGAGCGGAGCAGAGUUAGCCAGCCGGCCAGCCAAGAACCCGCCUGUCAGCGCCCAUGUCCUCACAGGUAGCGGCGCUGGGGACGACGGGGGGAAAUACGAUGGCGACGACGGCGUGGUCGUACGUGGAGUACAUGGCGCGGUGGGAGCGCCAGGUGGAGCGGCGGCAGCUGUUCCUCCGGAGCUACCACUUCUCCCGCGACGCCGAGGUCACGCCGCGCGGGCGCGCGCGCCGCGUCGUCUGGGCCGGGGCGCGACGCCUGCGCCGGGCCGCCGCCAAGGGGCUCCGACGCCUCCGGGCGCGCAUCCGCCUCUGCUUCGGCUGGGCCGCGCCUGCGCUCCGCCGGCGCUCCUCCCCACGCCGGGCCGGCCACGGGUUCCGCUACGGCCGCAUCCCCCGGGCCACGAAGGCCCCCAACGCGGCGUCCGUCUGCUUUUGGUAGCCAGGUCGCGUGGAGCUAGAAUAGGGGGGGAAAAUUCCAACGCGCACAUGUUAUCUUCUACUACUAGUAUGUCCGACAUUGGGACGUUGUAAAAAUCACCGAUGAUAGGAAUGAGAUUAUCACUUGCUCCGGCA